UUCCCUAUAGACUCCUAAUUUUGGUCACACUUUCCUUCUUUGGUAUUCUUUGUCUUUUUGCAGACUCCUAAUUCUUUCAAACAAACAAAAAAUCCUUGUGUUUUAUGUAUGACAAACAAAAACAAAACCUCUUUCUUUUUAAUGUCCUUUUUUUCUCUUUGUUUUUUUUGUCUUAGUCUUUGGUGUGGAGAAAAAGAAAAGAAGAGAUUUUGUGAAAGUGGAAGAGAAUGGGGAGAGGAAAGAUUGAGAUUAAGAAGAUUGAGAAUUUGAAUAGCAGGCAAGUUACUUUUUCUAAGAGACGAAAUGGGUUGCUUAAGAAAGCCAAAGAGUUGUCUGUUCUUUGUGAUGCAGAGGUUGCUGUUAUCAUAUAUUCUGGAACUGGGAAGCUUUAUGAGUUUUCAAGCAAAAGCAUGGAGCACACCCUUUCAAGGUACGGUACUAGAAGUCUUGAUUUGAAUAAUGGAGCAGAGCAACAACAACAACAACAACCUAGUGGUGAUGAGCCUCCAGCAGAAGUUGUGGAGCCUGAUACUGCCCUUUUACAAGAAGAAAUAACAAAACUUCGUUCAUCUUACUUAAGGAUGAGUGGUAAGGAGCUUGAUGGAUUGGGCCUUAAAGAACUGCAGUACCUAGAAAAUCAACUGUGUGAAGGGAUAUGUGCUGUCAAAAACAAGAAGGAACAAGUGUAUGUUGAACAACUUAAGAAAUCCAGGUUACAGGCGCAAAAGGCUAUGAUGGAGAAUGAAGCGCUUCGCAAACAACUUGAGGAGAUAGAAAACAAAAGAAAGGCUGAGUGUCUUGAAUUUCAUUCAUUGGAAAGGACAGUUUCCGUCAACGGUUCAAAACCUCUUUUCAAUUUUGCUUCAGAGGAUAACGAGAUUUCAGAUACUUCUUUGCAGUUAGGGUUGUCAACAGAUUAUGGUUUGAAAAGGAAAGCCUUGAAGAUAGAACCUUGCAACGACUCGGGAAGUCAAGUGGCUUCACAGUGACAUUUUUGCCCUGAAAAACUUGCCUUACUAAGUUGGAAAACAUUCCCUAGCUUUUUCUUUCUUUGGUUUUGCAGUGACAGUUUAGCUUAUAAAACUAGUUGCUUAUAGAUUAAAAAUUUGUGGCCUUGGAUUCACAAUGUUGAAAAAUGUUGGUCAUUUUGUUUAUCCAAACAGUUUUUAAGGUAUUAUGGCUAUGCCUCUAGAUGGUUAGGAAGGACUCAGAAGCUUUAUUUCUACAAGCUUCUUCCGCGGCAUCAAAUUUAAUUCUAUAUAUCACAAUCUUUCUUGCUUUGGAAAAUAUUUGGCACUGUUUUAGCACUAUAUCUGUGAUAAAUAUAUUUUCU